CCCUCUCUGAUGAAGGCUCCUGUUUGUCUAUCUUGGAUUCCAGCACCUGCAGCAAUUUCUUUGUCCCUAGACAAUGAAGCAGAACUGGUUUACAAGUUGGCAUCUCACUGACGAGCACGGAUUGGAACCCCUCAGACUUUCAUCAAGCAGAAACAUGAGCUAAAUUCGACCCCACCUCCCUUUUAUAAGCUCUCUUUUCUCAAAGAUCAGUAACAGCUUCCACCUGUCUACAGAAGGGGAUGCUCAGUGGAACAGUAGGCAGCAAGGACAGGUUUCUGGGGGAACGGUCUCCGGGUCGGAACUGGGCGACAAACCGGAAGUUUCCGUACCUCAGGACUCCGGGUGAGCGCACAUCUGGCGUUGGUGGAGGAGGGGAGUUGUUGUUGAAUGCGGACGGAGUUGGAAUUGAACCCCAGUAUGUCGUGUCUGCCGGGGAUGCAGCCACUAUCUUUUAUUGGUUAAAGUAAGAGUGACUGAGGAUGAGGCCUCGGUUGCUGACCUGGGACGUAAAGGACACUCUGCUCCGAGUGCGUCACACAGUCGGCGAGCAAUAUUCCUCAGAGGCCAAGCUGCACGGCAUUCGGGUGGAGGCUGAGGCACUCGACAGAUCGUUCCUGGCAGCCCUCCGAACACAGGACCAGUUAUUCCCUAACUAUGGUGCAGGCCAGGGUGUGAGCUCCCAGAAGUGGUGGGUGGAAACAGUCAAACAGACGUUUCGGUUUUGUGGGGUGCGUGACGAACGGGUGCUGACUCCGCUGGCAGAGAACCUCUAUCGUGGGUUCAGCAGCGCUAAGAACUGGGAGGUGUUUAAUGACGUGAAGGACACCUUGAUUCACUGUGACAGGCUGGGCAUUCACAUGGCAGUUAUUUCCAACUUUGACCGCCGCCUGGAGCAGAUUUUAACCAACUGCAACCUGCGGCAGCAUUUCCAGUUUGUGCUCACGUCGGAGGAUGUUGGAAUAGCUAAGCCAGACCCUCGUAUCUUUAUUAAGGCCCUGGGCCUUGCCCAGGUACAGCCCAAACAGGCCACACAUAUAGGUGACAAUGUGCAGAAGGAUUAUCUGGCAGCCAGGGCUGUGGGAAUGGGGAGUUACCUGCUUUGCAGGGAGGAAGAACAACCUGCUGGGGCAGAAGGGCUAGUGCCCAAAGCUCACAUUCUCCACUCUCUGCAGCAGUUGAGUGGCCUUCUGAAAUAACUGCCUUGCUGUAUGUGUGCCCAAAAUCAUCGUGACAUUAUUAAAUGUACCACAGGAAAGGGAAUGUUUUCACUGGAGAUAAUAAGAAUUCUAAUAGCUAUCGUGGUGUUUAGUUUUACACUCUCUUCUGGAAGAGCUAGCAGUUGUGGGCUAAUGAAUUUGUACAAAUGACUGUGAUAUAUCAUAUGAGGGAUUCUGUCUGCAGUCCCACUACAUGCCUUCUCUGUGAAGACCUCACAGAAAUUCUGAAGUGCUGUGCAAAUGAUAUACUCCGUGGUGAAGUCUAGCAUUUUCCAGAUGCAUCUUGUACAUUAAGGUAUUUUCAAAGAGGAGCUCAAUAAUUAAUGUUUCACUGUGGUGACAUGAGAAUUUUUUUUCAGGAUUCUGAAAUAAAGUUUUUCUUCAUGUUUUGA